CAAUUGAACUACAAAUACAAGAAGGAAACUUAGACGAAAACCUCGGACUGAGAAAACCUCUCCCAAAAGAAAGAACCAAAACAUCUCCGCAACGAAACGAACCGUUUUGAUUCAACUUUAGAUUUCUUCUUUAAUUUAGCUUUAAAUCAAUCUGACGAAGCUUCUCGACAAUCGAAAUCAAGCGAUGGCAGCCGCUGUUUGUGGAAGUAAAAGAUCGUUCUUCGAAGAUAUUCCUGCUUCGCCUUCGGUUUCCAAACGCCUCCGCUGCGGCUCAGCUUCGCCGACUAAGCUGUCGCCGCCUCCAGCAACGCUCCUCGAUCAGCUCCGGUCUGUUUUUCCUGAACUGGAUCCUCAGCUUCUAGAGCGAGCUCUUGAAGAAAGUGACAAUGAUUUAGAUUCUGCAAUCAAGAAGCUUAAUGACUCUUUCAUAGGAACAGCUGAGACAAGUUUGGAUUCUGUGGAAGAAUUAAAUGCCAGUGCUAAUCAAGGUAAUAUUGCCAUGGCUGAAAAUGCUGCUGCUUCAGACAGUCCAUUAGAGCCAAACAAGCUUCCAGUUGAUGGUACAGAAUGGGUGGACUUGUUUGUGACAGAAAUGAUGAGUGCUACUAAUGUGGAUGAUGCCAAAGCCCGUGCCUCACGAGUGCUGGAGAUUUUAGAGAAAUCCAUUGUGGCACGUAUGGCUGAUGAGGCAGCACAAAGUUUUCAGAAGGAAAACAUGAUGCUGAAGGAACAAAUUGAAAUAGUGAUCAGAGAGAAUUCUGUACUCAAACGAGCAGUUGCUAUUCAGCAUGAACGUCAGAAAGAGUAUGACGGUAAAAACCAAGAGCUGCAACAUUUGAAACAAUUGGUGUGUCAGUAUCAGGAACAGUUGAGAACCCUAGAGGUAAACAACUAUGCCUUGACAAUGCACUUGAGACAGGCUCAGCAGAACAGCGCCAUCCCAGGGCGAUUCCAUCCUGAUGUCUUCUAAGAAAUAGUAUGAACUACAAAUGUCAUAUGAUAUUGAUAUUGUGUUGGCCAUAAGUUCAGUCAAGUUGUUUGUGGAUGUUGUUGUCUUUAAUGUCUCCCAGUUCAAAAGUACAUGCUGUGGAAUCAACAUACUUGGUAGCUUUUGCACGGAAAAUUUGUCAGUCGAUUUCCAGUUUCAUAUGAAAAUUCUAAAGUUGAAAUCA